AUGGAUUGGGUUACCCAGAUUGUCCAUCUCGAGCGACGAGUGCUCGGCAUUAACGAGAGUGAUGAUGGGCGCAUUGGAUCCGGUCGCAACGAUAGCGAUGGCGGCGGCACCCUCGUCAACUUCAAUCCGGCCGGCGAUGACAAAAAGUCCGAGUCGCUAGCUUCCCUCGGAAGCACCUUCAUCCCCGUCGUCAUCUACUCGGCCAUCUGCUUCCUCAUCUUCUUCGUCUUCCGCCGGAAAUGCCACCGUGUUUACGCCGCGAGGACCCUGCCGUCCCUCCGUGAGCCAGAAACCCCGAGCCCUGAGCUCCCCGACGGCUGGUUCAACUGGAUCAAGCCCUUCUUCGCCAUCAAGGAUGACUACAUCCUCAACAAUUGCUCCCUAGAUGGCUUCUUUUUCCUCCGCUUCCUCCGCAUGCUCUCCAUCAUCUGCCUUGCCGGCGUCGUCGUUGUCUGGCCUGUCCUGCUUCCCAUCAACGCCACCGGCGCCAGCGGACUCCUCGAGCUGGAUUCCCUAACCAUCGGCAAUGUCAAGCUUGCCAGCAAGUACUACGCCCAUGUUCUCGUCGCAUGGUGCUUUUUCGGUUUCGUCUUGUUCAUGAUUUGCCGCGAAUGCAUCUACUAUGUCAACCUCCGGCAAGCUUAUCUGCUCUCGCCAAAUUACUCGAAACGGCUCUCCUCCAGGACCGUCUUGUUCACUUGCAUCCCGAAACCCUACCUGGAAGAGGCCACGUUGCGAAAGGUAUUUGGCGAUUCGGCCAAAAACAUCUGGAUUGUCAAGGACACGAGCGCCGUGCGCGCCCUUGUCGAGGACCGCGAAGAAACUGCCGAUCGGUUGCAGCAAGCAGAGGUUAGGCUCAUCAGGCUGGCGAACGCCUCGCGUCAAAGGCAUCUCAACAAGUAUCCGGCUGCCUCCACGUUAAACAACCAUCUCAACGAAACCGAUGCCAAUUCGCCUCGGCCUUCACAAAAUGAAGCCGAAAAGGGGCACGUCAUCGACACCUCUGAACGUUUUACCGACCGUCAACUGUCCGUUUCUGAUAGCCCAACCUUGGCAAAGGCACCAGAUCCCGAGUACACGCACCCGUACGGCCUAGACCCAUCGCUACCGGAUGUUAGAGGCUCUGUGGCCGCCCUGUGGCUGCCGGUGCAAUCCCGACCUCACCACCGCCCGCUUCGGAACUUUGGGCGCCGGGUUGAUACCAUCCGGUGGACCAGGGCGAGGCUGAAGGUACUCAACAAAGAUAUCUGGAAGCUCCGCCGGAAGUUUCGCGGAGGAGAUGGCUCCCCGCUCAACGCGGCCUUUAUCGAAUUCGACUCACAAGCCAGUGCCCAAGCAGGGUUCCAGAUCUUAGCCCACCACCAGCCGCUGCAUAUGUCACCCUGCUAUAUCGGCCUCCAGCCCGACGAGAUCAUCUGGAGUACACUGCGGAUCCGUUGGUGGGAGCACAUCAUGCGCCGUUUCUUUAUGAUGGGCGUCAUCGCCGUUGCCAUCGUCUUUUGGUCCAUUCCUGCCGCCCUCGCGGGUAUGGUGACCAAUAUCAAAUCCCUCAGCGAGACAAUAUUUUUCCUCGAAUGGGUUAUGCUACUUCCCGGUCCGAUCCUAGGCGUCAUUCAAGGUCUUUUACCGGCGCUCGCCCUCUCCUGGCUGAUGGCGGCCGUCCCAUGGAUGCUCAGGGGUUGUGCUAGGGUCGCCGGCGUGCCCUCCCGUGCUCUGGUGGAGCUGUACGUGCAGCACGCCUACUUCUUUUUCCAGGUCGUACAGGUCUUCCUCGUUACCACACUCACCUCGGCUGCCUCGGCGGCCGUCUUCGACAUCAUCCAGAACCCGCUCAUGGUGAAGGACAUGCUGUCUGAGAACCUGCCCAAGGCGUCCAACUUUUAUCUGUCGUACAUUCUCAUCCAGUGCCUCGCUGCCGGUACUACAAGGCUCGCCAACGUUGGUGACCUCAUCCGGCACGAAGUCAUCGCGAAAACGCUUCCGAAUCCGAGACGACGCUUCUACCGCUGGCGCAAGAUGCGGGAGGUCCACUGGGGUAGUGAAUUCCCUCGCUUUACCAACCUAGGUGUAAUCGCUAUCAGUUAUUCCUGCAUCGCACCCAUGGUCUUGGUCUUUGCGGGGCUCGGCAUGUUUUUCACCAGCUACAUCUACCGCUACAACCUGAUUUAUGUCUAUGACACGGGUCCUGAUAGCAAAGGGCUCUUCUACCCACGCGCACUCAUGCAACUCAUGACUGGGCUCUACAUCGCCGAGAUCUGCCUCAUCGGCCUCUUCGCCUUGAAGUCCUCGGUCGGCCCGUUGCUCCUGAUGGCCAUCUUCCUCGGUUUCACCGCACUCGUGCACAUCUCACUCAGCGAAGCCAUGACACCACUCCUCAACAAACUCCCGCGCACGCUGGCCCUCGAAAAGGACAUGGGCCCCAUCGCACAAGACGAGCAGCCGGGUGACGACACCGCCCAGCCAGCGCCAUACCCGACCGGCGGCCUGGCCGCGGACUACUACAACAUGACCGACGACGACUCGGACAGCCUACCAGGCGACGCGCCGAACCACGACCUCGACACCGACAUCCAACUCCGCGGCAUCGAAGGCAGCAGCAGCCUGAAAUACCAACUCACCCAAUGGAGCAAAUCCCUCUUCAAAUCCACCUUCACCACGUCUCCACAACCUUCCAACUCCCCCCACACCACCAACCCCCCCAGCAACACCAGCCGCCUCACCCGCAUCCUCACGCACAUCAAACUCUCCAUCACCCCGGACCCCUCCCGCCCGCCCAACAUGCUGCUCACCUUCCUGCACCCGGAGAUCUACCAAUCCUUCCGCCUCCUCCAACCCCGCAUCAACCCGGGCCCGGACCCCGACGCCCACCCCCUGCCCGCCGACUACGCCAAGCGCGCCUACUGGCCGCCCGAGAUGUGGACGCCCGUCCCACGCCUCUGGCUGCCCCGCGACGACGCCCGCGUCAGUCGCCAGGAGGUGGCCCAUUGUGUUGGGGCGGUGGCCGCCGCGAGUGAUAGGGCUUGUUGGUUGGCGGAUACGACGACGGCGGGGAAGCGGGCAAGGAGGAGAUGGGGGGGGAGGGUUGGUGGUGGGGGGGUCAUCACCACCAACAGCACCAACGCCCCCGGUUGA